AUAAUAAGGAUCCAUGCAAUCCUAACAUUUUAUAAUAAUUCACUUAAUUUUAUUUAGAUAUAUUGGGCUGGAAUUCAAGAACAUAUAUAUCUUUUAACAAAUCAAGGUACAAGGCAAAUACCUCCCAUAUUAUUCAUGGAACAUAAAUGAAAGCUAAGCAGAUAGGAAUGAUUGACUGAGAAUACAGCCUUGCUGCAGAUCACAUUAUCCAGAAGUUUUCAGAAAAACUUUGCUUCCUGUAAUGUCAGAAAUGAUGAAAUGCAAUGAAAAAGCUUUUUAUUUUGAAGCAAAAUUGUUAAUUACCUAUUUAAUUUAUGACUUGUUUAUACUUGGUACCCCUUGCAUUAUGAACAGCCUCAUUAACAGGGUAAAUGACGUUUUCUCUAACCAUAAUUGAUAAGUGUCUUAGGAAGACAACAUGAUUUCCUUGGUUUUCACAAGUACUAUAACUAGAGUGGAUUAAUAGGCAACUAGGUGAGACAUAGAUAAGAGUAUAGAACUUGUAGUGAGGGAGACCCGAAUUUGAAUACUACUUCAGAGCUUACUAGUGUGACUGGGCAAAUCAUUUAAUUUUUUUGAAGCUCCAGUGUAGUAAUAAUAUCUUCUUCGGAAGAUUACAAGGAUUAACUGAAAAAAUGUAAAAAAAAAGUUUUGAAGAUCCUAAAGCUCUAUACAAAUGCUAGCAAUAACUGUUAUUAUUUUAUCUGAAAGGAUCUAUAUACUUUCUGACUGAAAAUAAUACAAAGAAUAAUUUGUCAAUAAAGACGCGUGGUGGCGCUGUAGACUAAGAAGGAGAAUAAAAUACUGCAGAUCCGGUGGAUUGCCUAAACAGAGAAAAGAAAAUACAAAAGCUACGCCGGGGAAGGAGAUGUUUUCCCAGCCAUAGCUGGAGCUGAAGAAAUAUUAGUAAUUGCUAUCUGGGAGAACAAAUAAACUCAUCAGAAUCUCUUGAGCCAAGAAACAGAAAUUGACUGUACCAGAGAUUUCUCUACUGAAAGGACUGCACAUUGUGUGCCCUACCACAACAAUGGAGAUCGCUCCACGGAAAGCUCGGCAGAAUAGGCAAGUGGUAUUUCUUAUUUUUGCCUUAUUCUUGUCUGUGGGGGUUUCGGAGCCGCAGUUGUACUCAGUGACAGAGGAAACUGAGAGUGGUUCCUUUGUGGGUAAUGUAGCUAAAACCCUGGGGCUAGAGGUAGAGGAGUUGUCAUCCCGAGAGGCCCGGGUGAUCUCUGAGAAUAAGAAGCAGUAUUUGCAGCUUAAACGUGACACUGGGGAUCUUCUUAUAAAAGAGAAGCUUGACCGGGAGAAGCUGUGUGGCCCUACCGAGCCCUGUAUGCUGCCUUUCCAGAUCUUACUGGAAAACCCUUUUCAGUUUUUCCGGGCUGAGCUGAGGGUAGAAGACAUAAAUGACCAUUCGCCCACUUUCCCGGAAUCCGAGAUGAUUCUGAAAAUAUUAGAAAGUACUGUGCCUGGAACUGUGUUUCGACUAAAGGUGGCCCAGGAUUUAGACGUCGGAAUAAACGGUCUCCAGAACUAUACCAUCAGUCCCAAUCCCCAUUUCCUCGUCCGCACUCGCCCACGCAGCGAUGGAAGAAAGGUCCCAGAGCUGAUAUUAGACAAAGUGCUGGAUCGGGAGGAACUGCCUGAGCUCACUUUAACUCUCACAGCAGUAGAUGGGGGGAUUCCUUCAAGAUCCGGUACAGCCCAAGUCCGGGUCAUAGUUAUGGACAUCAAUGACAAUGCCCCUGUCUUCGCUCACGCCCGAUAUGAGGUUCAAAUACCAGAGAAUAGCCCCAUUGACUCUCUAGUUGUGACUGUCUCUGCUCGAGAUUUAGACUCUGGAAUCAAUGGAGAUUUAGCCUAUGCCUUAUACCAAGCUUCUAAUGAAGUCAGUCAAACAUUUGGAGUAGAUCCCAUUUCAGGAGAGAUUAGACUCAAAAAACAAUUGGAUUUCGAGGCAAUUCAAAAAUAUGAGGUGGAUAUUGAAGCAAUUGAUGGCGGGGGCCUUUCGGGGAAAAGCAUUGUUGUGAUUCAAGUAAUGGAUCUUAAUGACAAUUCCCCAGAGUUGACUGUAUCAUCACUUACCAGUAACAUUCCAGAAAAUUCCCCAGAGACCGUGGUCGCUGUUUUCAGCAUCCGAGAUCGUGAUUCCGGAGAUAAUGGAAGAAUGAUCUGUUCUGUCCCAGAAGAUCUUCCUUUUUCCCUGAAACCAACUUUCAAAAAUUUUUAUACACUUGUCACAGAAGGAGCCCUGGACAGAGAAAAAAGGAUCCAGUAUAACAUCACUAUUACCAUCACGGAUUUAGGAUACCCGAGGCUCAAAACCGAGCACAACAUCACGGUAUUCAUCUCCGACGUCAAUGACAAUCCACCAGUAUUUACUCAGACAGCCUACACACUCUACCUCAGAGAAAACAAUAGCCCCGCCCUUCAUAUUGGCAGUGUCAGUGCAGAUGACAGGGAUGAAGGAGCCAAUGCUAAACUCACCUACUCCCUGCUGCCUCCUGAGACUGAAGAUUUGCCCCUCUUUUCCUACAUCUCCGUGAAUUCAGACAACGGACAUCUUUAUGCUCUGAAAUCCCUGGAUUAUGAAACCACUAAAGCCUUCCAGUUCACUGUGAGAGCCACUGAUAGCGGCUCUCCAGUCCUGAGUAGUCAAGCUCUGGUUCAGGUUGUGGUCCUGGAUGAGAAUGACAACUCUCCCUUUGUGCUGUAUCCUCUGCAGAAUAGCACGGCUCCCUGCAAUGACCUUGUUCCCCGGGCAGCAGAGCCCGGUUACCUGGUGACUAAAGUGGUGGCGGUAGAUAGGGACUCAGGACAAAAUUCAUGGCUUUCCUACCAGCUACUCAAAGCCACAGACCCAGGACUCUUCACUGUAUGGGCUCAUAAUGGAGAAGUGCGCACAUCAAGACCCAUCAACGACAGAGACACCAUGAAACAGAGGCUUCUAGUUCUGGUGAAAGACAACGGGAAGCCGGCUUUGUCCACAGAGGUCACGCUGAAUGUACUCCUGGUGGACGGAUUCUCUGAGCUACAUGUACAACUCCCAGGCACAAAGGAACAAGUCCAGAAUGACUCCCUCACUGUCUAUUUGGUUAUUUCUCUAGUUUCAGUCUCAUUUCUCUUCUUGCUCUCUGUCUUCCUUUUUAUAGCAGUGCGUCUAUGGAAGAAGAGAAAUGCUGCAAAUGGAGUUUGCUUGGAGACCAAUGACCCCUAUUCAGGCCAUUUAGCGGAUUUCAGUGGCACAGGGACUCUUUCCCAGAGUUACCAGUAUGAGGUGUGUCUGACCAGUGGCUCCGGGAAUGGAGAAUUCAAGUUCCUGAAGCCUAUUAUGCCCAACCUCCAAACUCAGAAUUCUGGGAGAGACUUAGAAGAAAUUCCAUCAUUUAGAAAUAGCUGUGGCUUCAAUUAGAGGUAUGAAGUGAUGAAAAUGCACUUGUGAUUUUGUUAUAUUUGCCAUGGACAUUGCCCCCAGUAGUCCUGUAUUGCUUAGAAUGUUAGAGAGUUCCUGUAAUGGUACUCUUCAAAAAUUUUUUUUUAAUUUCUGCAGGUUCAAUAGUCAUUUAUAGUCAUUUGUAUACUCAUGCAUUGCAUUCAUUUGCAUUAUCUUCGUUUUAAAUUCAAAGGACAGAAUUUUGUUUGACAUUUGCUUCAUUAAAGUGGCUCACAUUUGAGCUCUAACCCACUCUCUGAGCCCACAUGAUCACUCUUAAUGUUCUAAUUUCUAUGAACCUUUACAUAGAAAGGUUUACAACCUUUACAGAAACAAUGAAGAUGGGUAUAAUGUGGAUGGUAGAUGCCCUUGAGUUAUCGUGAACCUAGGCCAAUCUUUGUUAUCAUCUGCACUUUACAAUUUCAUAUUCUCUUCCCAUAGUGUUUCAAUACAAGUAAAUGCAGUGCUUUGCUCUACAGUAUUUUUUUUUCCCUACAAAAAUCAUAAUUAUUCUGAGUAAGGCUUAGAAGUUUCUUUUGGCAUAUGCCUUAUUCAAUUCCAUAUCUAUUUCUGUGUGACAUUUUAGAAAUAAAAUAAUUAUAUGUUUUCCUGAAAAUUAAUAUCAUAUGCCAACUGAAAUAAUUUUUAUGCAGGAUACAUAAAUGUAUUUAAAGAACCUAGACAAAUUUUUAUCAAGUAUAAUUUUAAAGAGCAUUUUUAUGAGGAUUUUUUUUACCCAACAAAUUCUUGGCGCAUUCUUGAGAAAUUUUUAAAAAUACACCUAUUUUAUAUUUUUUAAAAAUUUAAUUUGUGUUUUUGGGUUUACAUUAUGAUUACUUGCCAAUACUACUUCCCUUUUCCCAAAGAAUGAUAAUUUAUAACAGAAUAAAGCAGAUGAUCAAAACAAAUCAUCAAAAAGACCGAGUGUGCUAGGUUCUGCAUCUUAACUCUCCAUCUCUCUACUAAGAGGAGGAAACUUUUAUCUUA